UCGUCCAAGUAAUUCCUUGUUCUUGGUCUAAGGCGCAGUAAAUAGUGAUAUUUGUUUAUUUUUUCAUUACGAACAUUACAGAACCGAAAUUUAAUCACUACAAUAAGGAUGGAGAGUUCGUAUCAAGGGGGAGUGUCCUUGGAGGACUCCAGCAGCAAAUUCCAACAGCUGUCCCAGACUAUAACCAGUAACAUCAAGAAAAUAUCACAAAAUGUGUCGUCGAUGUCUAAGAUGGUCAAUCAGCUUCAGACACCUCAGGACUCACAGGAGCUCCGAAACCAAUUGCGUCAAAUUCAGAACUACACGCAGAAAUUGGUCAAGGACACGUCGGCUUUAAUCAUGGAGAUGAUGAAGCUGCCUGUGGAGCAGCCUACGCAACGCAUCGUCCGCGAGAGGCUCAGCGAUGAGUACAUGGCCACGCUUAACGCAUUCCAGUCAACACAAAGGACUGCUGCUCAAAAGACGAAAGAAGAUGUGAGAAAAGUGAAAGCGCAGUCUUUCAAGAUCGGCGAUCCCUUCGCUAUGGGCAGUGGUAGCAGUAGAGACCCUCAGUUAUUGGAAAUGGAUGAGACCACUACGCAAAAGCAGGAGCAGAUGACAAUGCAGACCGAAAGGGAACUGCAAGAGCUCGAGGAACGCGAACAAGACAUCAGGCAGCUCGAGAGCGACAUCAUGGAUGUGAACCAAAUUUUCAAAGAGCUGGGUCAGAUGAUCCAUGACCAAGGUGCAGUAGUGGAUUCCAUUGAGUCAAGCGUAGAGCACGCUUCUCAAAACGUAGAGGCCGGCGCACAAGAAUUGCACCAGGCUGUCAACUAUAAGCCUGUUCCAGAACAAGUUGCGGAGGAAGAAGGUAUACUUGGCGAUAAUCCUGAUAAUAAUUAUCUCGAUAAUCCUGAUCCUAGUUUUCCACAAGUGAUUCUAGUACACCUAGAGUAUGACCAUAAUCUGGAUCGAGCGAUACUUUAUGGAAUAAGCCCAGAGGAAUACGGUGAGCUCAUACACGCGCUUUAUGCAAACCCGCCCGCAACGCCCGGAUGACUUCAUGUUACGGAACGGAAAUUGUUCCGUGAAAUGAUAACUUUUGGGCAUAAAUCUGGAAUGUUCUGGCGAACUACAGUUCUUACUAAAAUUAGAUUUUUGGCCUUUGACAACGAUUUUGGAAUUACUAUUUAAAUGUUUUCAUUUUUAACCUUAAUAAAACUUUAGUACAUUAUUACCUGUAAUUUCUUUGUCUAUUAUGCCUUUUUUUUAUUCGACUUUGAUAAAUCACAAAUAAAUUUAACAAACUUAUUUGUGUCAGCUUAUUGGGUGUAAUGAAAUCACUUAAGAAUAUUUCUUAAUUUUACAUUUGGCUUAUUAAAGGUUCUUUUUGUUUUUUCUAUAUUCUGUCUUUUGUGAGAUUUGAUACGUUUGAUAACGAUCUUUCAAAGAUUUUAAGUUUCGAGAUUUUAUGUUGCUACUUGUAAUUGAAAAAAAAAAUAAACAAACAAAGGAAUAAUAACGGUUUGUAAACUUGCUCGCUAAAGAUAAAUUUAAGAAUUUUAUGUUGUUCUGUAAUGUUCAUUACUGUUUUUUUUUAUAUUAUGGGCAGAUAUGUGUUCCAAAAUAGUUGUCAACAAUGUGCAAUGUUUGUAUUGAUUUGCAUUAAGUUCACAAACAUUGAAACCUUUGCUUUCUAUUAUUGUCUACAGCGUCCGGGUUGAUAAUACUCACUUUAUUCGCAUUAUUAAAUUUCUUUUACUAGAUACUAGAACUUAUAUAUAAACUAUAACUUAUUUGGUUUGAAAUGUUAACCGUAUUUUCUAUAUUUACGUCAUAUGGGUUUAUGAGUCCAACGUAAUUAUGAUUAGUUAUUUUAGAGUGCGGAAUAAAAAAAAAGCAAGCCGGCUUUUGCGAGAGUUCUUAGUGCAAUGUUAGUAAUAAAUUUAAUGUGGUAGCUAGGAUAAUCAACGUCUAUUACGUGUAAGCGACGAGUUCUUCAGCCAUAUUAUAAUACUGAACAAAACAUGUUUAAGAUGAACUCCUGAUCUUGUCGUCAGCGUCUUCGUCAGUUCCUAGCUGCGACGUUGAUUUUUGUUAUAACUUGGAAAAGGCAUGAUGGAUAAAUUUCUGGGUAUGAUAUGAGGAUGUAAUAACCGUGGAUGAAAUCUAUGGGAAAUAUCAGGAACAAUAUUUUAAUAUUUAUAAUA